AUGGAGAGGGGAAAUCACACUUUGGUGACAGAAUUCAUCCUCCUGGGCUUCUCAGACCAUCCUGACCUACAGAUCAUCCUCUUCCUGGUGUUUCUCCUGAUCUACAUUGUCACCUUGUUGGGAAAUCUUGGGAUCAUCCUGUUGACUAGGUUCGAAGCGCGACUCCAUACACCAAUGUACUUUUUUCUCAGCCACCUCUCCUUUAUUGACAUUUGCUAUUCUUCAUCCAUCACACCCAGAUUGCUCACUGACAUCAACUCUGAGGCCAAGGAGAUUUCUUUCUCUGCUUGUGCAGCACAGAUGUACCUAUUCAUCAUGUUUGUUGUGGCUGAAUCUUUUCUCUUGGCUGUGAUGGCAUAUGACCGCUACAUGGCCAUUUGUAAUCCCUUACUGUACACAGUGGUUAUGUCGAGAAAGCUCUGCAUUCAGCUGGUAGCUGGUUCUUACAUGUGGGGCAUAGUUUGUGCCCUCGUUCACACUGUUUCUGCUUUCAGGGUCAUUUUCUGUGGGCCAAAUUCCAUCAAUCACUUCUUUUGCGACGUUUUGCCAGUCUUGGCACUUUCCUGCUCCGACACCCGAAUCAAUAAGAUGUUGCUAUUCAUUUUUGCUACCUUUGUGGAAACCAGCACAAUAAUAAUCAUUCUCAUAUCUUAUGUUCUCAUUAUUAUAUGUGUAGCAAGGAUCCAGUCCAGCAAGGGAAAAUGCAAAGCCUUCUCCACCUGUGUCUCUCACUUCACAUCCAUCAUCAUAUUCCACGCUACUAUUCUCCUCAUAUAUUGCCAGCCUAAUGCUAGCCAUUCGAAGGAUACAGGAAGAACUGCAUCUGUAUUCUACACAAUAGUGAUCCCAAUGGUGAACCCCUUGAUCUACAGCCUAAGGAACAAGGAAAUGAAAGGUGCCAUCAAAAGGCUGUUGGAGAAGGGGAUAUGCAAAACGGUGGAACAUGUCACCUUCAUCAAAGUAAGGUCAAGAACAAGGAGAAAUGAUUUAUAUCCUCACUCUGGCAUCUCUUUGUUAGGAAGCUUUGAGGAAACCUUUCCUCUGGUCUCUUCGGUUCCUUUUGUGCAGUGUUCUGUUGGCACCUUCAAGUUGAAGAGGCCAGAAAUGUGUGUCCUGCUUUGA